GCCAAUCGCUAUUUUUAAGGAAAACAGCACUAAGGGGAAAUGAGUGAUUCUCGUUCUAUUUCUAAACAUUUCUUCUCAUUUUGCUGAAAACUAAGAUGGGAUUGUUUGGACAAACCCCGCAGAAAGCACCAAAAGAACAGGUACAGGAAUGGUGUAGAGGCUUGAGGAAAGAAGGCCGUGUUCUUGACAGACAAAUUAGAGCCAUUCAAAGAGAGGAAGAAAAAGCAAAGAGAUCUCUCAAUGAUGCUGCAAAGAAAGGGCACAAGGAUGUUUGUUCCAUAUUGGCCAAAGAAAUUAUAAGAUCAAGAAAAGCUAUCAACAAAAUCUAUGCAUCUAAAGCACAGCUGAACUCUGUAGAGAUGAGCAUGAAGAACCAGUUGGCUACACUGCGAAUGGCUGGUGCCCUAGAAAAGAGUGGUGAGGUGAUGAAGUAUAUGCAGCAACUGGUGAAAGUACCAGAUAUACAGGCUACAAUGAAUGAAAUGUCUAAAGAAAUGAUGAAGGCUGGUAUAAUUGAAGAAAUGUUAGAAGACACAUUUGAAGGAUUAGAAGAUGAUGACUUAGAGGAAGCUGCCCAGGAAGAAGUUGAUAAAAUUCUCUUUGAAGUAACCAAAGGUGCCCUUGGCCAAGCAGGGCCUGUCUCCGAUACACUACCAGGAGAACAGGAAGGGGCAGCAGCAAUGGUUCCAUCAGAUGAUGAAGGUGAAAUGGAGGACAUGAAGGCUCGAUUGGAGGCUUUACGAAGUUAAAUUACGGCACAAAAGAUUAUUUUUAGCAUUUGUAUCAAGUAAAUUCCUCAGUCCUUGCUCUGUAACCAUUGGGGCUGGGUCAAAAGAACAAGAAAAAUUAGCAUGUAGGAUUUUUUUUUUACAUGUUUUUCAGGUUUUUCUUGCCUUUUCUAUUUCUUCUUUCAGUCUUAGCUUGUAUCCAUCAAACAGAAGUCUCGGACAUUCAUUAUAACUAAAUAGCACAAAAUAGCCAACUACAAGCGUUAGGUUUACUUGUCUUAAUUUAGUCCAUAUUGUAUCUCUCAGCAACUUUUUAGUACAUUUCUUUUUUUGAGGCGCAUAUCAAGAACGAGAAAGGCGACGAGAUUUCACUUCUCAGUUGUGAAAAAGUUAAUCCGUAUGAGCAUUAAGGAGCAGUUAGCUACGUCUGCCAAGCGAGCAGUCAAAACUGGAAUAGGGGAGUGCGGGUAAAAGUGAAGUUGAUUUUUCGCUCGACGGUAGCAAGUAGACUCUUAUCAGAGAGUGAAGUAGCUGUGAAUGCAAGACAUAUCUGGCUUAUCAGUAGAUCCCAGAGCCGUGGGCUGGGUGAUUCUCCUGGUGUACACAAAUUUUUCGGUUAAGAGCAAGGCGAAUAACAGAAUAUAAAGUUUGCUCAAAGGGGUUCUCCCACUAACACGGUGCGGAAGAUGGUUAAAAGGGACCUCAUAGCCCGUUUACCGCCCGCUAGUCCGUACAUUUCCCCCCCUCCUUUUCUCUGUUCAUUCUGCAAGAGAAGUAAAGCUGUAUUGGCCUUUCUUGCUUUUGUGGUGAAGGUGUCAGGAGUUCUUAUAAAUAGUCACGUACAACUGAGUAAUUCUAAAAAAUUCGAUGCAGUCAAUCUCAUUCAUCAACUAUUAAGGAGAUACAGUUAAUUGCUCUACAUACAGACUUAGAUGACAGUGACUGCUCUAUGUGACAAUGCCCGAGUCUGGCCUAGUUGUAAGCAAGAGAUUAGAAAUCUUUUGUGGUUAGCUGAUUUUGUACCACCCAGUGGCUAAUUAAUAAACUUAUGCUUUUGGUGGGGGGUUCCCCACAUCCACCGA